UGACGCGGUCAUGUGCUGAUACGGAUAUCAAGACAGUACACAGGUUAUUGGUCCACUGCUGACUCGGUUAUUGGUACAUCGGUGAAGGACAUUUCGAUUAGGCAAUGCCACACGGCACCUUAUACCUGGCACACCAUACCUACCUGACGUGCGAUGCGCUUUGCCUAAGACCACUAAACGGUGUCUUCCUAACCUCGUUGGGCUAGUAACAAUGCGUACAGACCCGUCUGCAACACAUGCUGCUCAACACUCCACACGACACCCAACCAUGACAUUCAUUAUCCACUGGUAAAGAAUGUGCCACCGCUAUGCUGCGUUGCCUUUCAUACGCCUCAGCUUCAAAGAACCGUUUGCAGAAUAGUUUUUUAUCUUUGAUUUUGUGCAAUCUUUUCCAAUUUAUAAUGCAUAGCUAUCUUCUAAGCCAUGUCCUCGAAAACGUUUGUGACACACGCGUGCGCACCGAUAUUGCUAUCAUACGGGAUAACCGUGAACGAUUUCUGCGUAUCAGCGUCGGUCGGCGCGCCCGAUAGCCCUAUCGCCGUCACUCUGAGAGCCUCAGUGGUUGACGCACGGCCUCGUCGCCAUGGCCUCGAGGAGACCUCAGUACACCAAUCAGGCGGCAGACGCGUACGAGGACUCGGCAGACGGCGGCCAGCGCUGGCACCAGCACCGUCGCUACGCGGAGGAGCAGCGGUACACAGAGGGGCAGCGAUACUCAGAGCAGCAGCGGUACACAGAGCAGCAGCGGUACCCGACAGCGCCCGCCAUGGCCGGUAAGAGAGUCGACUACGACGACCCGCAGCUGGAGGGCGGUAUGGCCGGUUCUUCCGGCUCGCAGUACCGUCGCCAGCAACAGCAGGGUGUCGUCAUCGGUGGCGACGGCGACGACAGCUCGAUGGACUGCUUCUCGGUGAUCCUGAUCGCCAUGUCCUACCUGCUCUUCCUCAUCACCUCUCCCAUCACCAUUUGGAGCAGCAUCAAGAUCGUGACCGAGUACGAACGGGCCGUCAUCUUCCGGCUGGGCCGGCUGCGUCGUGGUGGAGCCGCAGGACCCGGAUGGUUCUUCGUGCUGCCCUGUGUCGACAGCUACAUGAAGGUCGACCUGCGGAGCAUCGCCUUCGACGUCCCGCCGCAGGAGAUCCUCACCAAGGACUCGGUCACCAUCGCCGUCGACGCAGUAGUCUACUACCGCGUCUCGAACCCGACCGUGGCCGUUGCGAACGUCGAGGACUUCGCGCAGAACACCCGCCUCCUGGCUGCGACGACGCUGAGGAACGCUCUUGGAACUCGCACGCUGGCGGAGAUCCUGUCUCAGCGCGAGGAGGUGUCCGCCCACAUGCAGGAGACCCUGGACGAAGCUACUGAUCCGUGGGGCGUCAAGGUGGAGCGGGUCGAGAUCAAGGACGUGCGCCUGCCGAUGCAGCUGCAGCGCGCCAUGGCUGCCGAGGCCGAGGCGGCCCGCGAGGCCAAGGCCAAGGUGAUCGCUGCCGAGGGAGAGAACCGGGCGUCGCGCGCGCUGAAGGAGGCCGCGGACGUGAUGGCCGACAGCCCGUGCGCGCUCCAGCUGCGCUACCUGCAGACGCUCAACACCAUCUCUGCCGAGAAGAACUCGACGAUCGUGUUCCCGCUACCGAUGGACAUCAUUGGGCCGAUGCUGAACCGCUCCUGAGAAGGGUGGACGCUCCCGGUGCUGGACGUCCGAGAAGGCUCAGACGGACGUCUUUCUGAGACGGACGUCAGAAGCAACAUGACGCCCUUGUGAGACGGACGCCCCAGGUCGCUCUUAGUAGCAGACAGACGUCCUUCUAAGAAAAGCGCACACCCUUUGGAUUGUAGGGAUGCCAGACAGACACACCCUUCAUGUUCUAUAUAGCGUUUAACGUCUUUGAAGUAUGUAUGCAGGCAUACUGAUGGCUGGAAUAUCCCUGUGACUUGUCGUGUAAGACAGGUGCGGAUUGAUAACAAAUUAUAAGUAGGUGGGUUUAGCAUUGUAGUUAAAAUUGCAUUAUUUUUAGCGAUAGGUAUGCCUACUCCCUUACUCCGCUUAGAUACCUCAUUCCAGUAUUGUAUGUAGCGUUUUUUCACCACUCAAUUGAUCAUUUUAAAAGCAAAUUCCGAAGAUAUCGGAUAGAUAUUUGGUCAUCUUGCAUCUUGUAACGCUUGACCAGGUAUCGUUGGUUUAGGUCUUUUAAUUUCCACAUCAUUCAUUUAUCGAUUCAAUUUAUUUUCCCAUAUUCGCUCUUUCAUUUUGUGUGUACCAUAUGCUUUUAGGCAUAAAUUUCACAGUGUCAGCUGAUUAAAAUCAGGCUAAAUAUAUUUUUUCUUAUGUUCA